CCUGACCAGAGGCAGCAGGCAUGGCGGCCUGCCUUGCAGGGGGCUGUGGGUCCUCCAUGGGCCUGACCCGAGGCUUCCGCGCUGCCAGGGCGUUGCUCGCUGCGCCGGCCUCCGUCGCCUGUCGGGUCCACACGGAGCCUGGCCGUCCGCAGAGCAGUGGGCCUUCCGAGCCCCGCGCGUUCCAGCCGCCGCCGAAACCGGUCAUCGUGGACAAGCGCCGCUCCCUGGACCGGGAGAGGAGGUUCUUGAGUCCUGAAUUCAUUCCUCCACGGGGAAGAACAAAUCCUCUGAAGUUCCAAAUGGAAAGAAAAGAUAUGUUAGAAAGGAGAAAAGUACUCCACAUUCCGGAGUUCUAUGUUGGAAGCAUACUUCGUGUUACCACUGCUGACCCGUACGCUAAAGGCAAAAGCAGCCAGUUCCUGGGGAUCUGUAUCCAGAGAUCGGGACAGGGCCUGGGGGCUACUUUUAUCCUGAGGAAUACUAUUGAAGGACAAGGUGUUGAGAUUUGCUUUGAACUUUAUAAUCCUCGAAUCCAGGAGAUCCAAGUGAUCAAAUUAGAGAAGCGACUGGAUGAUAGCUUGCUGUACUUACGAGAUGCUCUUCCUGAAUAUAGCACUUUUGACAUGAAUAUGAAGCCAAUAACACCAGAGUCUAGCCGAGAAGUUCCUGUUAAUAAGCUGCAAGUAAAAAUGAAGCCUAAACCCUGGUCGAAACGCUGGGAGCGUCCAAAUUUUAAUAUUAAAGGAAUCCAAUUUGAUCUUUCUUUAACCGAAGAACAAAUGAAAGCAGCUCAGAAGUGGAGUCAACCAUGGCUUGAGUUUGAUAUGAUGAGGGAAUAUGAUACUUCGAAAAUCAAAGCUGCAAUAUGGGAUGAAAUUGAAGCAUCAAAAAAGUCCUGAUUCUGCGGAUGGAUUCGGUUACUUGCACAAAACAUAUUGACUCUCAGAGGAUUUAUUUUGAGACCAAUUUAGCUUCAUUUAUAAGAGCAUAGUUAUUAAAUAGACUGAACACUCAUUAUUUUAUUAGUACUUUUUUGAAAAAUAAAAUUGUCAUACCAGUUUAUUACUCUAAAAGAGAAGUAUUUAUAGCACAUGAUCUACUCUCCAUUCCCUUACUGAAGGCAAAGCUACCAUAGAAGUCAAAGUAUCUCCAGAAGGCCCUUCAGUGAGUGUGGAAUCUGAGCAAGGGGAAUGGGUGGGAUGAUGUCUUAAAAUUAUGAAAUAACUCAUAGAAGAGCAGAGUGUGGUUUAAAGAACAACAAGAUGCACUCAGUGUGAAAACAUUUGCUAAGAUCUAAGAAGGCAACUCUUGGUCUGCAGUUGUAUCCGUCCCUUCUUACAGAUGGGGACACUGUCCUUUAUCUCCCUUGCAUGUAUUUAAUUUCUUCUUGUCUAUAUAUAUUCUUAAACAAUGUAUUUGGCUUUGAAAAACCUAAUAGCAAAUAUAAUAGGACAGUAUUGCUGUUAAGCUUCAAAGCUAAUGUUGACAGCCCUCAAGUCAGUCUGGCGUCAGCUUCCCUGAGAGUUUGCAAAAGCUAUUUUUGAGGGAAUUGAUGGCUAAGUUUGUUAAGUGAGUUCUUUUUUCAGAUUUAUUUAUUCAUUUAUUUGUUUAUUUAUUUGAAAGUCAGAGUUACACAGAGAGAGAAAGAAGCAGAGAGAGGGAGAGAGGUCUUCCAUCCACUGGUUCACUUCCUAACUGGCCGCAGUGGGUGGAGCUGCUCUGAUCCAAAGCCAGGAGCCAGGAGCUUCCUUGGGGUCUCCCACGCGGGUGCAGGGGCCCAAGGACUUGGGCCAUCCUCUACUGCUUUCCCAGGCCACAGCAGAGAGCUGGAUUGGAAGUGGAAUAGGCACAACAUGUACUGGCACCCAUAUGGUAUGCUGGCAGUGCAGGUGGCAGCUUCACCUGCUACACCACAGCACUGGCCUCAAUUGAGUUCUGUUAAACAGAGUGCUCACCACAGGGUUAUAAUGUAGACUGCGUGAUGUCUUGAUGUCCAUCACGAAUCUGGUCACAGGGAGUGAACUGUGUGUUCUGAUUAUCAGAGUGCAAUGAAUCAAACUCAAGGUCUUAGGAUUAGAUUGAAACAGAAUACUUCCAUGAAGUGAUAGGAGUGCCCAUGCCACUCUGCAGUUGGGCAUGGAUUGGAAAGCUGGGAUGUAACCACUCAUGGGUAAGGCUGACAUGUAAUUUGGGCCAGACUCACCUGGCAUGCUGUUCCUCAGGUUAAAACAUACAGUACUAGCCCAGAUUGUGACAAAGGCAACCCCCUGCAUGCCUGCCAACUGAAUCAUGCUUAGGGCUGUCCUCUGGUGUCAGCUAUGCUUAAUCUUCCCUUUGCUGAACUGUUUUCUGGAUUCUGUGUUUUCCAGGGCAUCUGGUAAUCCUUGGAUGUCUACAUGGAGUUGAAUGGAAGACUAUAAAGCUUAUAAAGUCUAGGGGAUUUUAGGGAGGAGUUGUUUUUGGGUUGGUUAGAUGGGCUAUUUUGGAGAGUCCCUUAGUGAAUACCCAAAGAAAAGGCUGUCUCCUUGGAAGGGGAGGGUCUGUGCCAGGGCAACAUUCAGCUCGAUCCUCCCUCAUUGUCACUGGUGGUUGUUACCCAGCCAGUAACUACUCAACCAGUAACUGAUGGGCAGCAUUCACGAACUGGUUCACGUACCUCAAAAUAAAAUUUUAACUAGGACCUGUCGUCUGUAUUUUUCUUUAUAUUGUUAGAAGAUAGUCAAUUGAAAAACCUGUUCUUUUUUUAACUUUGAUAAAUAGACAAUAACUAAAACUAGACAUAUAAUCAGCUGGUAAGUGCAAGUGCUCAGAAACAGCUGACUAGUCCUGCUUUUUACUAUGUAAAAUUUUGAAUUUUCUCACCAGAAAUAAAGCAACUGUUAGCACAUUGAGUAGUAUAUAGUAUAGA